AUGUGCAGCAACCAUUCUGGGCUAUUAAAAUUUGCAAUCUCCAGUUGCAUCCACUUUGUGCGAUUUAUUGAUUGCUCCAACUAUCGUACCAGACCGUACGAGUUUGUUUGCUUCUUUAAGGGAAAAUGGCUGAGAAGGCUGCUGCCGCUGAACGAGCAUGUAAUGAUCAAAGGCCGCCCUUGCAAGAUUGUCGAAAUGAGUACCUCGAAAACUGGUAAACACGGCCACGCCAAGGUACAUCUUGUCGCUCUCGACAUUUUCACCAACAAGAAACUCGAGGAUAUCUGUCCUUCCACUCACAAUAUGGACGUUCCCGUAGUCAAGCGCCGUGAAUACAUUCUCAUGUCUGUUGACGAAGGUUACUGCAGCCUCAUGGAUCCCGAAACCUGUGAUCUCAAGGAUGACCUAAAGAUGCCUGAAGGAGAUCUUGGAAAUCAGAUCAAGGAAGCACUUGACAAAGACGAAGGAUCUGUUCUCGUAUCUGUUGUUGCUGCCUGUGGAGAGGAGGCAAUUCUUGGAUUCAAGAUCUCCACCAAGGAUUAAGGCAGAUCGAUCGGAAUAAGCGGGUGAUUGUCUCUUGGGUGGCUUGUUCCCGCUAAAAUGUUUCGUUUCUUUGUUUCGACGUUACUUGUUUGAAUAAAUUAUAAAAGGAUUUCUAUUACCGCUUUUGCCUUCCCCUGAUUUAUUCUUCUUUUGAUUAGGGUUUAAUUGUGCUAUGAAAUAUCCUGUCGCCGUUGAAUGUGAUUUAUCGAUCUUGAAUCUUUGUAUGUAAGGAUAAAAAAUAAAUUUGUUUCCGUUUUGGAAAUGCCUCGAAUUUUUUGAGCGUAGCAUUAGUGUGCGCGGCUUCGUGCGGUCAUGGUGAACACCCCAUAUUUGAUUGUAAUCUACCCUUUCACAGAAAGCGGUGAUAGGUCCUUUGUGGAAAGCGGCUGAGUUCUUCCACGUUUAUUCAGCUUCUCAUUUUCAAUCGAAAAUCAGCGCCAGCACUUUACUAUCUGCUGUGCGCCCUUGUCCAGUGUAAUAGGUCGGGUUGAAUGAGAGAAUGACAGUGGAGGUUGCAGGUCGGUCGCAUUCCACGCUAUACCGCUUGCAUUAAGCUGGCGUUUAGUGCCGGAUAUUGUGUAUUCAUGAAGAAGCUGGCUCAUUUAUCCACAUAUUUGAAGCACGACUUAUCCUAAGAUGAUCAUUCUGUGGAGUGUUGUCGAGUUGUCUUUUC